AUGGGCCGCGUCCGCACUAAGACCGUGAAGAAGUCCUCCCGCCUGGUCAUCGAGCGGUACUACUCGAAGAUGACCCUUGAUUUCCACACCAACAAGAAGAUCCUCGAGGAGGUCGCCAUCAUCCCCUCGAAGCGCCUCCGCAACAAGAUCGCCGGUUUCUCGACCCACCUCAUGAAGCGGAUCCAGAAGGGGCCCGUCCGGGGCAUCUCCCUCAAGCUGCAGGAGGAGGAGCGCGAGCGCCGCAUGGACUUCGUGCCGGAGGAGUCCGCCAUCAAAGUCGACCACAUCGAGGUUGACCAGGAGACCAUAGAUCUGCUGGAGUCCCUCGGGAUGAAGGAUCUGCCGGGCGUCGUGCUCAAGGAGGACCAGGGCCCGAUCAGCGUCGUGCCUCAGCUGGGCUACGGCCGUGGAGGCGGCGGCGGCAGGAGGUACUGA